AUGGAGCAGGAUGAUCAUCAUCAUCAUGAGUAUUAUGCUUGUUUACCACAGUGGUUAGAAUCACUACUUGAUGAGAAGUUUUUUGUUCCAUGUUACAUUCAUGAAGAUGCAAGGAAGAACGAAAAGAAUGUAUUCUGUUUAGACUGUUGUACUAGUGUUUGUACUCAUUGUUGUCCUUCUAUUCAUGAUUCUCAUCGGCUUUUACAAGUUAGAAGAUAUAUUUACAAAGAUGUUCUCAGACUUGAUGAUAUUCAGAAGCUCAUUGAUUGUUCUCAUGUUCAAAGUUAUACAAGUAAUGGUGCAAAGGUGAUAUUCAUAAAUCAAAGGCCACAGUCGAGACCAUUUAGAGUUUCAGGGAAUACGUGCAGCACCUGUUACAGAAGUCUGCAAGAGAGAUAUUUUUUCUGUUCUUUGUAUUGCAAGGUUCAACAUCUAGUAAAAUUAGAAGGUGGGGUUUCAAGAUAUCUCUAUGAAUGUGAUUUCUUGCCAUUGUCAGAAGAAGAAGGUAAAGAAGAAGAUGAAUUUGAUUAUGAUAAUGGUAUGAUGACUCCUGAUUCUGUUCUUGAAUCACCUCUGCUUUCUUCCCGUACCCAUUCUGGUUCGAGUACUGCUAGUGCUAGUGGUGGUAAUUUGGGAAUCGAUUGCAGAACCCUUUUAAGUACUGCAACAACUGAUUUUGUGAGAAAGAAGAGGAGUAGCAAAACUGGUAAUUCAAGCUCAAACAACAACCAAUAUCACUGUUCAUCACCUGAAAUUGCUGCUAUGAAUCGUCGGAAGGGCAUUCCACAAAGGUCUCCUCUCUACUGAUAAUUAUGUUUGGUUGGUAUUUUUGCUCUGUUUUUUUGUCAAUUAAUGGUUUCUUUUUGGAUGGGGGGGAAGCAAUAGAGAGAUUCAAGCAUAUUAAUGCCUCCAUUCCAAUUUUGUAGAGAAGAAGAAACUUUUUUUUUUGAGGUCCCUGUUUGAUUUAUAUUUUGCCAUUACAAUCUUUUUUCUCUCUGUUUCAAUUCUGUGGAUAUAAUUUGCAGAGAACAGUAAAAUUCAUGGC